AUGAACAUCGCACCAACUCUGCGGAUUGACAUUCUUGGAGAAGGCUACAUCAUCACCGAUCCCGUCAACAUUGAAGCCAUCUUGAGCACUCGUUUCGAAGACUUUAAUUUAGGGUCUCGCCGGAUGGGACUUAUGCCUUUGCUUGGUGAAGGUAUUUUUACGCAAGACGGACCUGCUUGGCGCCACUCUCGGGAGCUGCUGCGUCGCCAAUUCUCACGGAUCAGAGACUCCGAGUUGAUGGCAUUCGGAGAGCAUACUGACAUUCUUCUACGUGCCCUCGAGAUCGAGUCACAAAAGUCUGGCGUUGUGGAUAUGCAGCCUCAUUUCUUUGAGUACACCUUGGGCACCACUACGCAGCUUCUCUUUGGCGAGCCCCAUCACAACCUGCCUCGGAAGGAACGGCUUGCUCUCCGCAACAACUUUGAUUACGCAACCUUGAUCUCAGCUAUAAGACUUCGUCUUGCCGAUCUUGCUUGGCUCUAUACCCCGAAAAAGUUCCGGGAGGCUUGCAAGGGUGUCCGGGACUGGGCCACCUUCUUCUCUAACAAAGCACUGGACUUCAUGGAGGAACACGGCGAAGAAGCUGCCUUAGCUAAAUACUCCUUUAUCGUAGAGCUCUGGCGCGAUACACAUGACCGGAAUGUCGUUCGGGACCAGUUGUUACAUGUCCUUAUAGCUGGCAGAGAUACAACGGCUUGUCUUCUUAGCUGGACAUUUUUUCAUCUCGUCCGUAACCCAGAGUUGAUUCGACGGCUGAAGUCUGAGAUGGCCAGCGCAGGAAUCCCCGGCCAUGGCGUUCUUACACGGAAGCAGAUUCAAGAACUUCCGUUCCUGAGGUGUUGCAUGAAUGAGAGUAAGUCACUGCCGGCCCAUCAUAUCUUGCUAGAGGUACGUGUGUGA